AGGACGACUGUGUGUUGUUCAUCUUUCUAUAUUUUUUUCUCUUCUUAAAACCAAAAACCAAAAAUUAAGUCAUAGUACUGAAAUUUGUCCGAAAAUCUGAAACUUGUCUGGAAAUUGGAAUUUGUCUGAAACUUUAGAGAAUCUGGAAACCACAAAAAGCGCAUUUUCAAUCACAAUUGAUUCAAAUUAUUACAUUCUUACUAUUUUCGAAAAUAUACGAAUAUGAAUGACGUCAGAGAAUCUGGAAACCGCAAAAAGCGCAUUUUCAAGCACCUUUUCUGAAAACUUUUUGUAUCUGAUUUUAUCUUAAGAAGAUCAUGACCCAUCACCUACAUCCUGUUAACAUAAAGGCAUGUUGUUGUCGAAUUAAUCAUGUUGCGUUUUUUCAUCCUUAAGACCCCCUGCCGUGCUCCACCUACAUCCGACUAACUUCAAACGGAUUGCACAAUAAAGUAUGCUAAGUUUGAUAACCUUGGAGAUAGCAUCCGGAUUGCUGGAUAUAUUCUGUAGAACAGCAUUCUGCAUAUUAAUUGCAUCAGCUAUCGGCUGCCUAUUAUUAUCUUUCUUUCUCUUCGAAAAAAUCUACGAGAUGGCGAACAACGAGCAACAGGAUCUGUUGAAUAAAAUCAUCCGUGAUGAUUCCAAAAAUAAACAAGUAUUGUUAAUGAUAAAUGGUGCAGCUAGGACAGGGAAAACAUUUUUGAUCAAGCUAAUAGAAAACUCAAUGAACAGAAGCGCAGGAAAAAGAGUAGUUUUGAUGACUGGAUCUACCGGGAAAGCAGCAAAAGCGAUCGGAGGGCGCACACUGCAUUGCACAAUUGGCCUACCGAACGAAAAACCUGAAGAUCUGGAAAGCUUGAAAUCUCAGGCAUUCAUCUACGCCACGACACGACUUAUUAUCAUCGAUGAAAUCACACUCCUAGCGAGCUGGCACCUGGAUGCGACGGACAUGGUUCUCAAAAGAACGCAGAAGAGGACGGAUGCGCUCUUCGGCGGGCUAUCGAUCAUCCUCGUGGGGGAUCUUCGACAGCUGAACUUGGGAACAAGAGCGAAUUUCUCAUCGAAGCCUACAACCACGGAGGACAAAAAUUCAAACUAAACGUUUCGGAUGUCUACGCACUCGUUCACGAAUUUGAUCUUACUGAUGGACUCUCGAAUGAGCUGGAAGCUGCAAUAAUUGAACAUAAAAUGAUCCAAUACCCCCUAAUUUCUUCCCAAGUUCGUAGUUUCUAUAUUGAAGGGAACCGUCUGG